AUGGACCCUCUUGAACAUGUUCUUGUGAACCUUUUGGGAGCGACGACACCGGAUUCGUCGUACCGUCGGUUCUUUGAAGAGUACAGUAUUACUCAGGCCAGCGAGUUGGCCUCAAUCACCGAAAAUCGUCUUGCAACGGUGUCAUAUGGUGUUUUGACUCCUUCUGUGGGAGAUACCCCUGCCAUUAUUGUUCGUAUGUUUCUUCCGUCUGCUCAGCAGGAUCGGAUCUUGAAGAUUGUCAAAUGGUUCCUCUCGAAAGGUACCGAUGUGACAAACGAAACCUGGUUUGAACUUACCCCUGAAGUCCUUGAGUAUUGGCAACCAGCCUCUGCUAUUGUUGCCCCUGCUACCCCUGUUGGAUUGGACGCUCGGAGUUCCUUUGUUGAAAGUGCUGCCGCAAAGUUUCGGAAGACAAUCAAGAAUCACUCCGUUCCGUACCCAAAGUUCAGUGAAGACCGUUUUUGGGUCACUUGGAAUACGAAUAUUCGUAUCAAGCUUCGUAUCCAUGGCGUCCAGUUGGUUCUUGACCCGGAUUAUUUGUCCGAGACUGUCAACGAGACGGAUACAUUUGUCGAAAUGCAGAACUUUGUUUUUGGCGUGUUCAACAAUAUAUUAUUGACCCCUCGUGCGCGUGGAAUCCUCCACAAGCAUGUGGAUGAAUUGGAUGCUCAGGCUGUUUACCGCGACCUUGUUGCCUCGUAUGGUAAAGGUAUCAAUGCGCAGAUCACUGCUACAUCCAUUGAAACGAAGCUCACUUUGUAUUCAUUUGCAACUUCAAAGAGCAAGACCUAUGUUGCUUUUUUGACGACCUGGCGCAAUUUGAUUUACGAUCUUGAAUGGAUUAACAAGUUCCCCUUGCCGGAUCACCAGAAGAGCGUACAACGCAAGUCAGCUGUCCGUUCCCAUCCGCAAUUGAAACUUUUCCUUGGAAAUGUUCAGCUUUACUCUCGUACCCAUGUGGGUAAGAGUGCCGACAAUUCCGAUUUUGAGUAUGUUUAUGAUUUGAUGCUCGAACAUGCGACUGAUAUUGAUCUGACCGAUUUGGAAGACCGCGGUAACAACCGCGGUGGCCGCUCAGCAAACAAUGCGAAGUCUCAGUCUUCUUCCAAGAAGAAAACUAACAAAACAAUUGGUAAGAAGCACAAGAAUUAUGUGCCUCCUGAAAAGUGGAAUGCUCUCUCUCCCGAAGAGAAGUGGACCAUUAUGGACCAACGAGGACCUUGCCCUGCUCCAGCUCCUGCCCCUGCCUUAUCAGUGAACGCCGCUGCCACUCAGCCUCCUCCUACGGUGUAUGUCAGCGACUCGACGGUUGUGGACAAUCAAAGCCUCGCUUCGACUCACGUCCUGCCUGCUGCCGGACCUGGUCAACUGCUUUGUUCGCUCAUUUCGAAUUCAGGUUCCUGCCAGCACCCUGCUCCAUCGAAUGGAGCCACGUCUGACUCUUUUUCGGUCAAUGGGACCACCUAUUGCGGCAAAGUGAACCGUGCUUCUGUGCAGUACCGUCUUUCCACUCACGAUGUUUCGUUGAAUAAGGACUCUUUGAUCAAUGGUGGUGCCAACGGUGGCCUUAGCGGCUCCGACGUAACCGUUAUUUCGCAAUCCCUGUUGGAGGCAACUGUCUCUGGAAUUGGAAAUUCGGAAUUGACCAACCUCCGUUUGUCAACGGUGGCUGGACUCAUUCACACGACGGAUGGUCCCAUUAUUGGUGUGUUGCACCAGUAUGCUCAUCUUGGUGUUGGUAAUACCAUUCAUUUGUGCAACCAAAUGCGCUCCUGGGGAGUCACAGUUGACGACGUCCCUCGUACUUUUGGUGGCAAACAGCGUAUUGUCACGUCCAAUGGUCGUUUUGUCAUCCCGCUUUCGGUUUCUGGCGGACUCACUUACUUGUCUAUGCAGGCUCCUGCCGAGGAGGACCUGGACACUUUCGAAUGGGUGCCUUUUACCGCUGACAACGAGUGGGACCCAAAUGGUGUCUCUUCUCCUGCCGCUGCCGACAAUGACCUCAGUUUGCAGCUUCCUGCCGGCCAUGUCCCGUUCCGUGAUGAACGCAUCAAUAACUUUGGUCUCCUUGCGCAUUCCGCGGCUAAUACCACGCAAUUCGCUCGUGCCCAUGCCCGUUUGCCCCUGCGCAAACACUUCAAGUCGCGUUUCCCUGCUGCCAAUGUUUCUUGUUUGAACGAAAUUGUGGCAACCAAUACCUUCUUCUCGGAUACCCUUGCGGCCGAUGACGGCAUUUUUAACCAUGGUGGGGCUACGAUGGCCCAACUUUUCGUUGGAAAAAGUUUGCAAAUCACCUCUGUCUUCCCGAUGAAGCGUGAAUCCCAGUUUGCCCAUACUUUCGAGGACUUUAUUUGUACCCAUGGUGCUCCCAAUGCCCUCCUCAGCGACACUGCUUGUGCUCAGAUCGGUAAACAGGCACUUCAGAUUUUGCCUAUGUAUGCAAUCGACGAUAUGCAGUGCGAGCCGCAUCAUCAGCACCAAAAUUACGCGGAGCGCCGCAUUCAAGAGGUGAGAAAGAUGGUGAACACAAUCAUGGAUCAUACAAACACUCCUCCGGAAUAUUGGUUGCUCUGCGUAUCUUAUGUGACCUACUUGCUCAAUCGCCUUGCUGUUGAAAGCUUGAAUUGGCGUACCCCGCUUCAGGUUGCCCAUGGACAGCGUCCUGAUAUUUCUGCUUUGCUCCUUUUCCGUUGGUUUGAACCCGUUUAUUAUUACAAUCCUGACCAUGCGUCUUUCCCAUCGGCUUCUUGCGAGAAAACUGGUCGUUGGAUUGGUGUUGCUGAACACAAAGGUGAUUCGCUGACUUAUUGGAUUUUAACCGACAAUACUCACCAAGCCAUUGCUUGUUCUGUUGUUCGUUCAGCCAAUGUCAAUAAUGUUUUGAAAAACCAUCGUGCUGCGAAUUCCUCUCCCAAUGGUGGGGAGCUUUCGAAUCCUAAGCCCAUUGUCUUGGCUACGAGUGACCUACGCCAUGACGCUACGGUCGAUCCAUCUUUUGAGAAAUCCCCUGCAUUCUCUCCUGACGAAUUGAUUGGCAGGUAUUUGAUCCGUGAAGCCCCUGACGGCCAGAGCCAUCGAGCCCUUGUUGCCCGUAAAAUUAUUGAUACCGACUCUGAUAACCAUCAGGCGAUCCGCUUCUUGUUGCAAAUUGAUGAAAAGGAUGCUGACAAGAUCAUUUCGUACAAUGAACUUUCCGAUUUGAUGGAAGCCCAACAAUCAGAGCCCGCUACGAACGGAAAUAUCGAAGAUCAUUUCACGUUUACUAGUAUUAUUGGACACCAAGGCCCUUUGCAACCGACCGAUGCUGGUUACAAGGGAUCCUCUUGGAAUGUUUUGGUUCAAUGGGAAGAUGGUUCCCAGUCGUACGAACCUCAAAUUGAAAUGGCUAAGGACAAUCCAGUCACACUCGCGAUGUACGCGUCUGACAACAAUCUCCUUAACGUGCCCGGGUGGCGCCGCUUCAAUCGUUUGCUUCGCAACCGUGAUGACUUUAAUUGA